GUGUAAGUCAGGGAGAUUGGAGCAGCGAGUUGCACUGCCCCUGGUUAUAAGUCUUGGAAGUGGGAAGCGCAUGCUGUUGGAACCCACAGCAUUCAGCUCCACAGACUGUCCUGCUGCCUGCCUGCCUGACUAACCUGACUGACUGACAGACUGAGUUUCCCUCCACUGUUAUUCACUCCCUCUCCCUCUCUAUCCUGCUCUCUUGCUCCUGCCCUCCUACUUUCUACCCUGGAGAGCGAGAGUGCACAGAUUGGGAAGGUGCUUCUCAGACCUGCGCCUGGACAGCUUGAAGACGGCACAGAGAGGAUUUUCCCCUCUUCCCUCACUUAAUCCCCCCUUGCUUUCUCCAUCUCUUCCAAAAAAAAAACUCAUGGAACGACUUUUUAGUUUUUUUAUUUAUUUUUUUUAUAAUAUAUUUUUUUCUUCUUGCUGGAGGCAUACAAAUUGAAACUGAAGAGUUUGCUCCACCUGCAGCUGAGAAUAUCACAAAUUUAACUUCUGUUUUUGCUGCUUUUUAUUCUUAUUUUUUCAAAUAAUAUAUAUUUCCCUGCACUUUUGAGCAGCACUGGACCAGCUUAAGGUGCCUGCUCUUUACCUAGGACGACACCGCUCUUCAUUUUUGGCUGCAUGUUUGCUGAAUAUCUGAUGCUAUUGCAUCUCAUGGGAGACUCGCUUGGCUGAAGUGAGGAGGGAGGCAGAAGAAAGAGACCCACCUGAAGCACACACCUACAGCUGCCCUUACUUGGUGCACUCCCCAAACCAACCUGUCAACCCACUUGAGGAGAUAAAGUUCUUUGCCUGUGACAAAAGUCUGGGAUGCUGGUGACCAUGCUGUCGGUUCCUGUCUGUGUGCUACUGAUGCUUGGGGGUCGUGUUCUUGCUGGAGGCUACCCCCCCAUUCCCCACAUGAAGUACAUGCAGCCCAUGAUGAAAGGGCCAAUUGGACCACCAUUUCGAGAAGGCAAGGGACAUUAUGUUGAUAUGCCACCCAUGGUGAAAGGGGAAACGGGUCCUCAAGGGAAAUCUGGACCAAGAGGCCUUCCAGGACCACCAGGAGUUCCAGGAAAACCUGGAAUGGGGAAACCAGGUCAGCCUGGCCAACCAGGCCCUCAGGGUCCUCCUGGUUUUCCGGGAAUAGGUAAGCCAGGACUUCCAGGUCUUCCAGGAAAGUUAGGGCCUAAAGGGCUUCCAGGACUAAAUGGUGAGGUUGGACCUCGUGGUGAACUUGGUCCCCGUGGACCUCCUGGGCAGCCUGGACUCCCUGGCCCAGCUGGUCUGUCUCUGAAUGGGAAACCUGGACUUCCAGGAAUCAGAGGCCCCCCAGGAACUCGUGGUGAACCAGGAAUUAAUGGUAUCACUGGGCCACCAGGUGAGCGUGGGCUUAAAGGUGAGAAUGGAAAUGGAAAACCAGGACCUCCAGGUAUAAGGGGACUUCCUGGAUUAAAAGGCAGUAAAGGACAACCUGGUCUUCCAAGUAUUGGGAAACCAGGAUCAAAAGGUUUACCUGGACCUCCUGGUCUUAAAGGUGAUCAAGGGCUCCCAGGGGAUCGAGGAGCAUCAGGGGAACCUGGGGCACCAGGUCUCCAAGGUCUGCCAGGACCAUCUGGGAUAGGAAAGCCUGGUCUAGAUGGACUUCCGGGAGGACCAGGUCUAGUUGGUCCAAAAGGUGAACUAGGGCCUAGAGGAAAUCCUGGACUUGCUGGGACUCCUGGUUAUGGAAAACCUGGUCUGAGUGGGCAAAAGGGUGAAAAAGGUCAUACUGGAUUUCCUGGUCUCCCAGGGGACAAAGGAGAUCAAGGAAUGAUGGGCCCAAAUGGAGAACCAGGUCUUGAUGGACUACCAGGACCACCAGGACUUCAAGGCCCUAUGGGUCUCCCAGGAAAACAUGGAAUGCCAGGGCAGAAGGGAGAGCUAGGCCCCAAGGGCCCUCCAGGAUUGCCUGGUCUUAGAGGUGAUCAAGGCUCCAUUGGGCCUCCUGGAAAUCCUGGUAACCCUGGGGAAAAAGGUAUCCCUGGACUCAUUGGUCCUAUAGGAAAACCUGGACCCAAAGGUGAGGCAGGGAACAUUGGCUCACCUGGGAAUCCAGGACUGACAGGUGCUCCAGGGCCCAAAGGAGAGUUAGGGUUUAUGGGGACUCCAGGUCCCAGGGGCCAGUCAGGCAUCCCUGGUCUUCAGGGGCCGAUGGGUCCCAUGGGCCCACAGGGUGUCCCAGGUCCAAGGGGGGAGCCUGGAGUUCCAGGGCCUCCAGGGCCAAGCAAGAUUGGUGAAAAGGGAGGAAUAGGUCCUCAAGGUCCCCCAGGCAAACCAGGCCCUGCUGGACUUAAUGGUAACCCUGGUCCACCUGGGCCUCCAGGACCCCCUGGACUUCCAGGAAAUGGCCAAACAGUUUCUGCGGGGCCAUCAGAUACAGGGUUGGGUGGGGAGGAAGUUCCAGGAGACAGGAAGGGGCCUGUAUAUAGUCAGGUUCCACUCUCUGCCUCCAUAGCACCAGCUUUCACGGCUAUUCUCACCAUACCAUUCCCUCCCUCCGGCAUGCCAAUCAAAUUUGAUAGGACCCUGUACAACGGACAAAAUGCUUACAGCCCUUCUACUGGCAUCUUCACUGCUCCUUUGUCUGGUGUCUACUACUUUGCGUACCACAUGCAUGUAAAGGGAACUAGCCUGUGGGUGGCUUUGUACAAGAACAAUGUACCAGCCACUUACACCUAUGAUGAAUACAAGAAAGGCUAUAUGGACCAAGCAUCUGGUAGUGCUGUCCUAGAGCUAAAGGAAGGUGACCAGGUAUGGGUCCAGAUGCCCUCCGAUCAGGCAAAUGGCCUUUAUUCUACCGAGUACAUUCAUUCUUCCUUCUCAGGAUUCCUGCUAUGCCCCACAUAACCCUAUCCUUUCCUUAAAACCUAUAAAAAAUGUACCUGUAUGGCACCUCAGAGUACCCUUAAACCUAGGAUACCAGCAGCCAUGAUAGAAACAAACAAACAAACAAACAAAAAACCAACAUGAAUUUAAAAAUAUAUAAUUGACAUCACCAUAUCUGUUUCACCCUCGAUAUCAACAACAGCAAAACAUAAAACAAACUUUGUGAAAUGAAAUAUGAAAGUUUAAAAGACAGAGGAAGGAUUUUCAUACUGUGUUCUUUGUUUCAGUGUCCAGCAAAUGUGUGUUUUGGGUUGUAUUUUAUGUUGUUUUUGUUUUUAUUUUAUUUGACUUUUUUUUAGCUUAUAUUAUUUUAAUUAUUAUAUUGUCAUAAUUUUAUUGUUAUUGUUUGAUCCUUGUCAUCAUUGUUGUUGUUGUUGUUUAUUGGAUUCAGACUAUUUAGUGCCUUACUUUGUAAUGCGCUAGUAACAGACAUUCCCAUGUGACUGCACAUCCUGCCCACAUGCUCUGACAUAAGGACAACAUCACCAAACCCUGGGGAAUGAUUCGUUCCCUAGCUGCAGUCACGUCCCAUGUGUAUCAUCUGAACCAUAAAUGACAAUAUUCUCAUAAAGAACAACUCCACAAAAUAGAAAAUAUAGGCAAAAAAAUACAGCCACAAAACAAGUGACUUGGUGCUCUAUUUCCAUUACCUUCACUUUCCCUUCUUCUUUUGUUUGACCUCUCUGAUACUUUAAAUAAUUGCUACAUUAAAGUUAUUAA